AACCUCACAUCUUCCUAUUCUCUAUUUUCUUAUUAUUUCUUCAAUUUAUUUUUAAUUAAUAAAAUACUAAUAUUUUAGUUUUUUUUUAUUUGCAAUUUUUUAUUGGCUCGUUCUAUUUUGAACAGCGUAGGGCAAAAUCUUCUGUUUCUCACUGCCAGUUCAGUUCACUCUUCUUCUUCUUCUUCACCUACACACAUUCAGUGUCAUUUCGAAGCCAUGUCUACGGCUUCUUCUGAAGGAACGAGUUUGGGACAAAGCAUAUCCGAAAAGGUUAUUUCUUUAUACAAUUCCCUUCCAAAGAAAGGCAAACCUCAAGGCCGUGAACUCACUGUUCUCUCUGCUUUCCUUCUCUCUUCUCCUUCCAACGAAUUGAAGGUUGUUGCACUUGGAACUGGAACAAAGUGUAUUGGACGUUCAUUAUUGCGUCCGUAUGGUGAUGUUGUUCAUGAUUCACAUGCUGAAGUUAUUGCUAGAAGAGCUUUAAUCAGGUUCUUCUAUACACAGAUUCAAUAUCUUUGUGAAACUAGUACCAAGUCUGCACCAAGCAAUGGAGGAAAACGGUUCAAAUUUGAUGAUGACAAGUUAGCAUUGGAGUUGGACCGAGGGUGUCCUGACAAACGGAAAUAUACCUUGAGAAGUGGUUGGAAGUUACAUAUGUACAUAUCACAGUUACCAUGUGGAGAUGCUUCACUGAGCUCGCAUGUCGCUCCUUUGCAAAGUUUGCCUUUAGGAGAAAAUGAUUCACAUUCAUCAUUAUUGAAUAGUUCAAAACAAGUAGGGACAGUGCAGAGAAAGCCAGGUCGCGGCGAUACAACCCUGUCAGUUAGUUGUUCUGACAAGAUAGCACGUUGGAACGUUGUUGGUGUUCAAGGAGCUUUGCUUUCAUACUUUCUCCAACCCGUAUAUCUUUCGUCAAUUACUGUUGGUCUGCCGCAUAGCAGUCCUGAAAAUUUCCAUUUCGAAGACAACUUGAAAAGAGCUUUGCAUGAUCGUAUUCGACACCUGAAGAAUGAGCUAACAUCUCCAUUUCUAGUGAACCAACCACUAUUUCAAGCUGCUCCGGUGCCGCCUAAGGAUUUUCUGCAAUCUGAGAGUUCUGCUAACAAUUUGACAUGCGGGUAUUCUAUUUGUUGGAAUGAAUGUGGCUUGCAUGAGGUCAGUUUGGGAACUACUGGAAGAAAGCAAGGCACUUCUGCAAAAGGAGCACUCUAUCCUUCAUCAGAGUCGUCUUUAUGCAAAAAGAGGCUAUUAGAGGUUUUCUUGUCAAUGAGAAAAGAGUGCUUGGCCAUGUCCCUGGACGACGAGAUUACUUACAGAGAACUCAAGGACGGGGCCGAAGAAUAUCAUUCAGCGUCGAAGAUUUUUAAAGGGAAGCCACCUUUUUGCGACUGGUUUGUGAAACCCUUGGACUGUGAGAAAUUCGCCAUUUCAAAAUAAUACAUUUAUGCUUUAUGAUAUUGAUAAUCUCCUCUUGUUUAGGAGCAUUUAGAAAUGAUUUUUCAGAGAGGAGCGUAUAUUAAAAUGAAAAUAAGCUGGCUUCAAGGUUACAAAUUAUAAGUCUUAAUCUGUUUUAUUUGACUGAAAACUUGAUUAGCACAAUUCUAAGUUAGCACAUGUGUUUAGCAUUGGCAUUGAUGUUCAAAAAUCCAAGUCAAAUUGAAAAUUGCAUGAUUAUCGUUAGUUCUGUUCACAGUAUGAGUAGAAUACACGUAAAUGUCUAUUACAAUACCCUAUGUUAGACAAGAACAAAACUACACUAAUUUAUGUCUUCUUUUUACAUUAAUUUUGAAAAGUUGAAGGAGGAUUUGAAUGUGAAGUUAGAUUUGGAGACGAGUUUUAGAAAUGUACGGUUUUUGUCUAAACAGAAAUAAGAUGGAGAAUAUAAAAUGUAAGUUCAACAAAAGGAGAAUCGCUAUGGACAGAGAGGUGUGAGUUGGAGAUUGUAUCAUCCCAUAAGUCUUGCAGUUUAAAUAUCUUAGAUCUAUAAUACAAAAUGCUGGAGAAAUAAAAGGGGAUGUAAAUCAUCGAAUUCAAGUUGAGUGAUUGAAAUGGAGAAGAGCUUUAGGAGUUUUAUGUGACACUAAGGUACAACUCAAGUAGAAGGGGAAUUUUAUGGGACAACAUUAAAAUUUAUGAUGUUGUACGAGACAGGAUGUUGGACGGUUAAUACGAAGCACAAGAAUAAAGCAAGUGUGAUAGAAAAGAGGAGAUUUUAUGGUAAGGAGAUUAGAUGCAGAGAAGUUAAACAGCUAGAGGAGGAGAAGUUAAACAACUAGAGAAAGAGAAAGAUAUAUAAAAAUUAUAAGAGAAGUUAUUAAGAAAAAUCUCGAGAUUAAUAAUUUGGAUAAAAACAUAAUCUUGAAUAAAAUUUUAUGACAAAAAUUGAUCCAUUUAGUUAAUUUCACUCAUUGGGAUAAAACUUUAUUGUUGUAUUUAACACUAUUAUUGCAUGAACAAUGUUUAUAGAUUGUUAAUUUUUUUCCUCAAUAAAACAACAAAAUAUAAACAAAAGAGAUUAAAAAAUUUAAAUGAAAAAAUUUGUUUCUAAGAUUUCAUUUAGUUGUUGUUUGUAGGAUAUUUUUUUAAAUUAAAAUAAUAUAUUUUUUCCAAAAUCAAUUUGCAACUUUGUUGACUUUGAAUUGAGGGUUUUAACCUAAUUUAUCGGCUUCUAAAUGACAUGGACGUAACCUAACUAUCUUGGUGGGAACAAUGAAACAAGACUUAAUUAAUAGUCUUCUCUUCCAAUUAUUUUUAAAGAAUAUAUAUUUAUAUUUAAUUUUGUAUUAAAUAAAAAUAUACUCGCCGAUAAGACAGUUCAAUUGAUAGCUUUUCAUAUAUUCGCCGAUAUUUCACUUAUUUAUUUUUAAAGUAAUUUAAUUGAUAGUUGUAUAGAAAUAUUUGACUGAAAGUAUGGAGAUUCAAAUUUGAAUAUGUGAUAUCUCACUUAUUUAUUUUUAAAAUAGUUUAAUUAAUAGUUGUACAGAGUCCAAAGUGUGAAUUCAAACCUGCCGGAUCUCAGUCAUCAAACCACUAACCUAGAAAAGAAAAUAAAAAUACAGACUUGCCAUGUAUUUUCUGCACUUGUAUAUUUAAGAUGCAAAACUCAAAAAGCAUGCACCUGGAUAUUUGACUUAUUACUAUAAUAUAGUUUUGGUUUAGCUUUGGCCUAUAUUAGAAGUAAUUGACUAGUUAGGCCUAAUAACUAAUGAAAAAUUAUGGUCUACAUUUUGGUGCCUUUCCGUUUACGCAACAUGAAAGAGCCUCAUUAGUUAAUUGAGAAUAUAAGAAAAAAAAAAUAACCACGCUAAAAAAAAUAAUUAUAAUUGAGCCAUUUAUUUUCAAGGAUAUUUAAUUUAUUAUAUAAAUCAAUCAAUAUUUUUGUAUGUAAUACAAGAGUAUAUGGUUUAAUGAGAUUGAAGUGAAACCAAACAAGUAGACCCAUUUUGUGCUUUCAAGGGUCUUGUAUGUCCUUUUCUAAACAUUUCAAAACUGUUAACAUCAAAUGGAAGAGUAAAUGACGGAAGAAAAAUGUAGAAUAGUCUUUAUAGUCAAUUCAAAAUUAGACUUUUGGGCUUUGAAAUUUAAAAUUUAAAAUAAAAUAUUCAAUUUAAUAAUAUUGAUAUUUAUCACUUAAUCAAUUAUGUGAUCCUAAUUUAAAUUCUAAGACAUGGUAUUUAAUUUAAUUAUAUUUACACCAUUAUUCUUUAGGAACUACAAACAUAACAAUCUAACAAUAUUCAUAAAAUAAUAUAACUAAGCAUUUUGGUGAAGUGUGGUUGUAACUUGUAAGACCAUCCCUCGAUAUACUCUAUGAUUGAUCUCAUGCCCUUAAAAGGGUGACAAUAAAUUCACAUAUAGUAUACUAUAAAAUAGAAGGUCUCUGGUUGGAAUUUGAGACAUAUAGUAUAAUAAUAUUAAUAUUACAUAUUUCAAAAUUCUAAUUUUAGUAAUGUCAAGAAGAUGUUUGGCCAACUACACUACACCCACACAUAACAUGCGUACUUUAGUAUGGUUUGUUCAAAUUAAAGUGAACUAAAUUAAUAUGGUACAUAAUUAAAUAA